GGUCUCCUCUUAAAUUCUUCUUCCCGUGAGGCGGAGUGAUGAGUGAGCGACGGAGAUUGUCUCCAUUUCUCGUGUCGUUUAUUUGGUGGGAAAGCUGGAGAACUAUAAGGUCUUCCAUUUAUCCUAUCUUAGGCCUUGUUUCAAGUUUGUGUAAUCUCUUGGUGGGAAGAACUAUAAGGUCCAUCUUUUAGUUGUGAUAAUGUACUGUAGUUUCACAAAGAGCCAGGCAUUUCCGUCUGUAUUUAGGGUCUCUCUGCCACCCAAGUGCUUUAUACCUUCUUAUAGCCCCAAGGCUCAAUUUUUCUCCGACGGGUUCAAUGCAAAGUCCUUAGAAGGGCUCAGAGGAGUAGGAUUAGGAAGUCUCUCAAAUGGGGUUAGUCAGAAAACCCUCGAAACCCUCCAUGUAGCGAGAAAACCCAAAGAUUCCUUGACGCUGUUUGGUCAGGAAACUCCAGAACAGAGCCGAAAAGUUAGACCCAGAUGUUUUUCAAAUGGGUUUCAUCCAAACAACGCUUUGAAAAAUGUCAGUUCAAUAAGUAACAGAAAUUUCUCAAGCAGGUCUUCUCGGGAUGCCCUGGAAGGUAACAACGAACUAAGAGCUAGGAAAACCCUUCCUUGGAUAGCAGCUUACAAGAAUAAGGAAGCUCAAAGGUCAGAGAAAGUGCUGACGGGGAAAAGUAAUCGCUCUUCAUGGGAAGAAUCAGCGAACAACUUUUUAUUGAAAAAUGGUGGAAAGACUACUCUUAUGAGUUGGGAUAGUAAAAGUAGAACGGCGGGCAUGAUGGGAAACCGUGGAAGUAGUUCUAUGGAAAGGAAUGAAGAUGAGGAAGCAGGAGAGGAAGAUGCUGAUAUUGUUAAUGAUCCAAGAUGGGAUAAAAUUAAAAGUAGGUACAAGAGAAUUACUGAUAUAGAUGCUGAAUAUGAAGACCCUAAGGUUCGUAGGUGGAACAAACAGGAAAGUUGGGGUAAAAAGACAUGGAAAGAGGCUACUGCAUCAAUCACACCAAAGAUGACCGGCGAAGGAGUAUAUGGAGUGGGUCCUGUUUUAGCAGCGCUAUCAGCAGGAAGGAGAGAAUUUUAUGCACUGUAUGUCCAAGAAGGUUUGGAUUUAAGUGGCAAUAACAGGAAGAAAAAGGACAAGAGAGGAGUCGAGAAGAUUCUGAGAAUAGCUGAAAAAAUAGGAUUGACCAAAAAAGAAAUAUCAAAACAUGAUCUGAACAUGAUUGUGGAUAACCGUCCACAUCAGGGUUUGGUCUUAGAUGCUUCCCCACUGGAGAUGGUAGGCAUUAAGGAGCUGGAUUCUGUUCCCGAUGAGGGGGAGAAUGGUCCUCUUUGGGUUGCAUUGGAUGAGGUUACAGACCCCCAAAAUUUAGGUGCCAUUAUUCGCUCCACAUAUUUCUUUGGAGCUGCAGGGGUGGUGUUGUGUGCAAAGAAUUCAGCUCCACUGAGUGGAGUAGUAAGCAAAGCAAGUGCUGGCUCACUUGAAUUGAUGGAGUUGCGGUCUUGCAAGAAUAUGAUGCAGUUCUUGACAUUGUCUGCUGAAAAUGGAUGGCGGGUACUUGGAGGCUCUGUUUCUUCAAGGGCUGUUCCUUUGAAUGAGGUAUUGCCUGGUAGACCCACAAUUCUUGUGCUGGGAAGCGAAGGCACUGGGUUGAGGCUUCUGGUAGAGAGAUCUUGUACUGAACUAAUUAAAAUCCCCAGAAAUAUUCCCAUGGAUAUAUCUGCAGGUAGAGUUGAUAUUAAUGAGAAAACUGAAGAGAUAGACCAGAGAUACUCUGGUGAAGAAUUCCAGUCCUUUUUGGCUGUUGAGAGUUUGAAUGUUAGCGUGGCAGCAGGUGUACUUCUUCAUCAUUUGGUUGGUAACAGUAUCAACAAUGGCAAUCGUCACAUAGAUGAUAAGUCAGUCGGGCAACUUGAAUGAGAAUCUCUUCGUCUUUGCAUCUGUUCCUUUGUGAUUAUAUGACUUUGGACAUGGGCUUUUCCAACUAUGUGAUAUUCUACAACUCCUGGUUAACAUGAAUUUAGGGUUUAUGCUUAUUUGCUAGGAGAUAAGUGUAAAAUUCCACUACUAUUUGGUGUCUGGGAGCUUGAAUGUUGCAUUGCUGUGCAUGUGGUUUCUCAUGUUUGGUUGAAAACAGCAUCAAUGACAAGUCACAUUGUCACUUGGAUAAUAAGCAAACCAAUUGCACUUAUAUGGGAAUCUUUUGCUUUUUGCUUUAAAUGUAUCUUUCACACCUACUAUGAUUAUACUCUGUUUUGAGAAUGUCUGACUAAUAUCUCCAAUUCUUGAUAAA